UUUUAUUUCUAUCACAAGCAGGAAAUGAGUACCAAAACCUUAGUAGUAAACAGAACUCGUGCACCGAACACGCCUCCUGUGUCUGACUUCCAAUUUGUCAUACAGCUGUAGUUAUUUGCAGGGUUUAUAUAAGUUUGUGUUUUAUUUAUGUUAAGCGUGGCGUGACCGGCGUUUUCGGAUACGUCACGGUGACUGACUGUGUCGCCGUUUUUAUUCAGCAGCCGCUCAUCUGUACGACCGUAAAUGGAACAUGUUUCUCCUGAACAUGUGGUCUAGAUGGGGAGCUCAAAGGACAGCGGAACUUAGAUCAGCUUGCAUCCUUGCCUCGAGCACUUUUUCCACAUGCAUCCAGCCCUACAAGUACGAAUCCAGACCCAGGACUCACUCCGGAGUCUUUGCAAGGACUGCCCUUCACAAGCAACACAUGCGAAUCAGACAUGUUCCACCAGCCUUGAGUUUAUUUAGAAGUCCCUGCAGUGCUCUGUUAACUGACCCCUGUAUCCCGACUAACUGCACAUGUGUGCCAGCACGUUUUUAUUCAGCCAACAUCGUGAAGUCAGUGUUAAAAUCGAGUUUAAAACCAGCAACGGUACCUGGAAAAAGGGCCCCCAAAGGACCACGCACAAAGCAGCCUUCACGAGCCAAUCAGCCCUCAAUGAAUGAGGACAAGGAUAUGAUGCAGUGCAUUGCCUUUGCAACAGCAGAUCAGUAUCAUUUGCCAACUCUCUGCCACGACUUGAUAAACCAGGGCUUCCAGGAAGUAGAUUUACCAAGAGAUGCUUCAAACGUGCUGGUGAUUAGCUCAGACAUGGCUGCGAAACCAGAUGACAAUGCUCUAAUGUUCUUUUUCAGGGAAGGAUCGGUGGUUUUUUGGAAUGUUGAAGAGAAAUCGAUUAAAAAGGUCUUGAGAUUAUUGGAACAUCAUGAAAUCCAGCCUUAUGAGGUAGCAUUAGUCCACUGGGAGAACGAGGAGAUCAACUACAGAGUCGGACAGGGAAAUACAAAGCUGGAGCGUGGAAAUUUCAUCCUGAGCGAUGAGAUGGAUCCACCAGAAGCUGUUCUUGAGAAGUUUGCAUUUUCAAAUGCGCUGUGUUUGUCUGUGAAGUUGGCAAUAUGGGAAGUGGCAUUAGACAACUUUGUAGAGUCAAUACAAUCAAUUCCGGAGACGCUGAAGUCUGGCAAAAGAGUUAAGUUGUCCUCUGCAGAAGUGAUGCAGAAGAUAGGAGAGCUUUUUACAUUACGGCACUGCAUAAAUCUGAGGUCUGACCUUCUCCUCACACCUGAUUUCUACUGGGACCGAGAGAACCUGGAAAAACUCUACGACAAGACGUGCCAGUUCCUCAGCAUCAACCGCAGAGUCAAUGUCGUGAACGAGAAGCUGGAGCACUGCAGUCAGCUCACAGACCUGAUGAGGAGCCACCUGAGUGAGAAGCACAGCCUGAGACUGGAGUGGAUGAUAGUCAUCCUCAUUACGAUUGAGGUUAUGUUUGAGCUUGCAAAAAUGAUCUUCUAAACCUCCGCUCCAACAAUGCUCAGAUAAGGGUAACAGGAGGCUGCCUUAAGCGUACCCUGCUCAGAGGUACUCUGCAACACUGAGGGAACUCAAAUAGUAAACGGGACCGUGGUCCUCUUAAAUGUUUUCUUCUUCACAUUUUACAGUCUGUCUGCUUCAACAGUACAUUUUAAGUCAUUUUGCCACCUAUGAAAGUGUUUUAUAAAAUUAUUAUUGAAUUAUUUAUGGAUGUAUUUGGAAAAGUGAGUUCAGAGAGUCUUAUGUUAUCUUCAACCACAUGACAGAUCAUUUGAAACAGAAUAAACUAAAUAUUUCAAUACGUCGAGUUUUCUUUUUGUUGUUUCUUUCAAUCCAGAACACAAACUGUGAGUGCUGUGCUUAAAAUUCAGUAAAACUCUUUGUUUUUUUUAAAUGUUUUCUCUUGUUUGAUAGCUAUUUGUUGAACUGAGAGUAGAAUAUGAUCAAGCAAACUUUCAAUCAGCGUUACACAAACGAG